AUGAAAGAGCCUGAAGUACAACACCUUCAGAACGUGCAAGAGGAGACCAAAGAUGAGCAACUUGCUCAAUUCUUGGUAAUCUUUAAGAAGUUACAAAUCAAUAUUCUUUUUGCUAAGGUGUUAGAGAAGAAGCCUCCCUAUAUGGCCUGUCUGAAAAGCAUAUUCUCUAAGAAGAAGGCCCUGAGGGGAGAUGAAACUGUUGUGCUGACCAAGAAGUGCAGUGCACUAGUACAAAAGAAGCUACCUCAGAAAUCGCCAGAUCCUGAAAGCUUCUUGAUUCCCUGUACUAUAGGGACCAUCACAUUUGAGAAGGCAUUAUGCGACCUUGGAUCUAGCAUAAAUUUGAUACCUCUCUAUGAUGAAGAAGCUGGGGAUCCAAGAGGCGCAUCCCAUAAGGAUCUGAAGCAGGCAUAUGGAUUGGUGGAGAACGUUCUAGUAAUGGUUGAAGACCUUUAUCUCCCUGCAGACUUCGUGAUACUUGAUACGAAAUAG